AGUGGCUCCGCGCCGCCGCCCCGCCCCGCCCCCGGCCGCAGUCGGUGAGUGGCCGCCGUCAGCGACGGACGUUCCGCCCAGAGGCUCUGCCGCCGCCAUGGCCGACCCUGCCGCGCAGUCCCCGUUCGUUUCCUCCUCCUCGGCUCCCUCCGAGCCCGCUGGGCCGGCCUGCAGGAGGCACGGGGCCCCGGCCUGCGCCGUGCACGACCUGAUCUUCUGGCGGGACGUGAGGAAGAGCGGCGCGGUGUUCGCCUCCAGCCUGCUGCUGCUGCUGUCGCUGGCCGCCUUCAGCGUGGUCAGCGUGGUGGCCUACCUGGUGCUGGCCCUGCUCUCCGUCACCAUCAGCUUCCGCGUCUACAAGUCGGUCAUCCAGGCCGUGCAGAAGUCCGAGGAGGGGCACCCCUUCAGGGCCUACCUGGAGCUCGAUGUCACCCUGUCCCCCGAGGCCUUCCAGAGCCAUGCCACUGCUGCCAUGGCCCACGUCAACCACGCGCUGCGGCUGCUGGUCCGCCUCUUCCUUGUGGAGGACCUGGUGGACUCGCUGAAGCUGGCCGUGGCCAUGUGGCUCAUGACCUACGUGGGAGCUGUCUUCAACGGCAUCACCCUCCUCAUCCUUGCUGAGCUGCUGGCCUUCACCCUCCCACCUGUCUAUGAGAAGAACAAGGUGCAGAUUGACCACUACGUGGGCAUCGCCCGUGAGCAGACCAAGUCCCUCAUCGCAAAGGUCCAAGCGAAGCUCCCGGGCCUGGCCAAGAAGAAGCCGGAAUGAACCCAGAGCUAAGGUUGGGGGGGGGGAUAAAAUGUCGGGGUGCCCCCACCCCUCAUUGUGCUCCCAUUCCCACCCCACCCCCCCAGCCGUCCCAGGGCGGCAUCUGUCUCCUCCACCUCAGCCUUGGACUUGGCCUCUGGGGGGGAAGGUCCAAACCCCCAAAUCCCCCCCAGGGCUCUCCCCCCCUCCCCGCUCGUUCUUCCUCUUCCUCUCCCCCCCCAGUACUUUUUUUAAUGUUUAUGAAGUGAAAUGUCUGUAACUGCUGUAAACCAGAGGGGGAAUGGCCCCUCGUGUCCCCAAAAUGGUUCUUCGUCUGCCCCCCCACCGCCGCUGUCACACCCCCCGUACACUGGGCACUGGGGGGUGCCCCCAUCCCAUAACUCCCCCCCAGAAAUGGCGUUCCCCCCCUCCCCGUGGCGUGAGCCGGUCUCGGCAGGGGGGCUCAAUAAAUCACCGUGAUGGA